AUGGAUCCAGGUUUGCCCGCUGAUCUUUUAAGCCGCCUCGAGGCGUUGAAAGAGGGGGGGAAUGCCGACUUCAAGCGGGGCAAGUACGAGGCAGCGAUAGAAGCGUAUUCUCAGUGCCUAGCUGAAGCCACAAAAGCUCUCGACGUGAGAGCGUGCGCCACGGCUGGUGCACAUAACUCAGCGCGCACUACCACCGAUGCCCAGAUUGAAGGUAAACAUGCGUCAGAACGGGAUUCCGCCAGUGUUUCAAAGCGUGUGACCGAACUGAAGGCCCAAACGCUGUGCAACCGGGCCCUUUGCUACCAGCGCGCGAACCAGUUCGCUGCAGCGGAGGCAGAUUGCACGGAUGCGAUCGCCCUCCUUCCGUCCUACGUCAAAGGGUACUACAGACGCGCGUGUGCGCGGGAAGCUCAAGGCGACCGAAAAGCGUGCGUCGAAGAUCUUCAGACCUGUCUUCGCCUGCAGCCGGGGAACAAAGAGGCUCAGGAGAUGCUCGCAGGCGUCCGAGACAAGGUGAUGCGAGAGGAGGAGACGCGCGUCCAAGAACAGCUGCCGGAGUCUCUGAUCACUUCGGGUCUCAGCUCUGCCCUGACAGCGACCAAACGCGUCGCGUCGCUCAAGCAACUCGGCGCCUUUGUCCAGGAGAGAAAGCUGCAGCGUCAGUUCCUCAGAGACGGCAGUCUGAAGCGCAUUGCCGCGGCUUUGAAGAGCCAGAUGGACAGAGAGAUCGACGGUUCCGGCCCCGGCUCGAAAGAAGACGCACACAGAUCGAUGGAAUCUCUUGCAGAAACCACUGCUUCGGAGCCAGGUACGUGUGACAACCAAGACGGCGUAGGCGCGUUCCUCCCCAUCAGCGUCGAAGCUGCUUGCUGGGAACUGCUUCUCUCCGUCGUUCAGAAGCACCACGCGAAUGCGGAGGACGAAGACGACUCUACGGCGAACGCGGCCACGCCUUCUAUGGAGGCGCUAAACGCGCCUCUUCAAAUCGAAGCUCCCGUCCUCGAGUGCCGCCGAGCGCUCGACGGGCUCUGGACCUCCAACGACUUCCUCGUGCGCCUGCGCCAGCUUCUUCGGGCAGGCGUCGCGAUGCCGCACGAAAGCCACGCAGCGCACGAAAGCCACGCAGCGCACGAGGAGGCUGGGAAACUUCGCGCCGUCUGGCGCGGCGAGGCGUGCGACCGGCUGCUGCGAACGCUGGGCUGUGUCUCGCAGUUGCAUGCGGUCCAGUUCGACGACGACGCGUCGUUUCUCGAGGCGUGCGCCGCCGGCAUGGAGUGUCUAGACAGCCGAGAAGUCCAGCGUGCGGCAGUGGCUGCGCUCGUGGGGGUCGCGGAUGCGCGGCGCCGUCUGGGGGGACGCGUCCAGGCAGUCCGCCUUCGCCACGGGAUCGAAAAGUGUCUCGAGGACACCCUCCAAAUUGUGGCCGAUGCAGAGCAUGAGCUGGCCGCCGCAGAUCUCGCGCGAGUACCGGAAGGCCAGGGCAGCGCGUCGAAACGAGCGAGGGGCGGCACUUUCGACCGCGUCGAGGCCGUCAGUCGUCUGCAAGGCCAGGCGGAGUAUUUGAUGAUCACCUUGAUCGCGUUGCUGGCAGACAAGGACCGCGGCAAGGAAGAGCCGCCGGACAUGAAUCGCCUCGUCGACCAGCUGCUGUCGCCCUACUUCAAGCCUUCAGCUGAUCCCGAGGAGAGCGUGAUCACGCUCACAGUCGGUUUGAAGGGGUUGCGCUUGGUUUUGACCGCCGCUCGUGAAGUCGCCCGGGCGUAUCUGAUCUCAGCCUCUUCAAUUCUGCCUUACCUCUUGGCGGCUGCGGCGGGAGGCGGCAGUGCGACGCACAGCGCGACUGCGGGGACCGCCGCGCACCGGCGACAGCAGGAAGCAGCUCUGGAAGUGCUGCUGGCGUGCAUGGACUUCCCCGAACUGCGAACGAGCUUGCUGGACGCGAACGCCGUCCCCGUUUUCGCCAAGGUUUGCAGUGAGGAAGGCGGAUCCGCACGUGUGGGGUGCUGGAUGCGCGCGCGCUUGGCCGCGGCGCUCGCGCGGCUGUCUGUACACGAUGAAGACGUUCGGAUCCAGGUGUUUGACUCGAUCGACUUCUACGAGGUUCUCGAUCUGCUGCUGACAGAGAUUCGACAUGCCGGCGACGGUCGCCACGAGACGGGGGAAAGAAGCCGGGAUGGGUCGGCCCAGGCCCCGCGCUCGCUGGCCGUCGAAGAAGAGACGUUCCGAUCGCUCCUCGAGAUUUUCUUUUUCCUCAGCCUCCAUGCAGACUUCAAAAACCGGUUGGUGGGCGACAAGAAGGGAACCAAAGUGCUGCGCACGCUCCUGCAAGUGGCGAACGCCAGCGGCAAGGGGAAGAAGGCCGGCUCGGGUUCACGGCCGGCAAACAACCUGACGCGGUAUCUCCUUCUUCAGAGUCUGUGCAACAUCAUGCGGUCGCGCGAAGACAGAGAGAAGCAACGGAGAAAGAAGGGCGAAAUGGGAAGCCCGCUGGCAGACAUCGACGACGAACAACUGCAGCAACUCGAGGAGCUCUUCAAGAAGCUGCCUGCGGGCGCGAAACCGGCGCCGAACGGCGAAGUUGACCUCGGAGACAAGGCCCUCGCUGCGCAGCUGAGAGACACACUCUUGGGCCUGAACGUGGUGAAUGCGAUCUCUGUGAAUGUUUGUGCGAGUCCGCCGUCGGCGAAUGUCCUUUGCGCCGCCGCCCAGGCUUUGAAAUUCCUCUGCGCGGACGCGCGGCACCGAGGCACGAUCGUGCGCGAAGGCGGGAUCCGAACUCUCUUGACGGCCGCAGCCGGCUUGGAGGAGUACCCCGACGACCAGAGAAACGCCCGUCAAGCGGCUGCGCAGCUGUGCAUCACCACGAACCCCUCGCUGUUUUCGUACCGCGAGGCUCUGGAUCUCGUCCCCUGUCUCACGCCGUUGCUUAGGGACAACCACGAGUUGCUGCAGUACGAGGGCGCACUCGCGCUGAUCAACCUCUGUUCCCUGAACGAGGAGGUACGCAUGCGUGCGUGGCUCGGCGGCGCGUGGGAAGGCUUCGGGGAUUUGCUCUUUGGCGAGAACGACAUGUUGCGGGCUGCUGGACUCGAGGGCUGGUGCAACUUGUCGGCGUCGCCGAUGGUGCAAGAAGAGAUUGGCAAGAAAAUGGAGAGAUUUGCUGAGUCAAAGCAAGACGUCCAGGACGUGAAACUCAUGCUCGCUUUCACCAGAGAAACGAACAACCCGAGGGCACAGUCGGCCGCAGUCGCCUCCCUCGCCAUGCUCCUCGCGAACGAGAAAGUGGCGAAAUGCCUUCCAGAUUACAGCCUCUUUGGCAACAUCGAAAGGUGCCUGGACGAAGCUCUCAAGACAGACGAAGCUCUCAUCCUGCGCUGUGUCUCUGCGCUCUACAAUGUGUGGGGAGAGCUGUGCAACCGAGAGGAGACUGAGAAGCGCAUGCAGAUCGUGAAGAUUGUGGAGCGCAACCAACAGAAACUGAAGGGAGACGCAGCAGCGCUCGCUACUGACAUGAUCACUGCAGAACAGUCACAAAAAGUCCACGGAGAGAAAAAGGAAUCGGCACCAGACCCAAGUUAA